UGGAUGGAACACUGAGCUGAGGAGCCGAACCUUUUACUGCAGGCCUGUGUGUAGACCCUGAUGCUUGAAUGAAUGAAUGAAGAAUGAAAAUGCUCCCUGGAGUGGGUGUGUUUGGAACUGGUAGUGCUGCCCGGGUCCUGGUGCCCCUGCUGAGGGCAGAAGGCUUCUCCAUUGAAGCUCUUUGGGGCAAGACUGAGGAGGAGGCCAAGCAGCUGGCAGAGGAAAUGAACAUCUCCUUCUACACGAGCCGCACCGACGACGUCCUGCUGCACCAGGACGUGGAUCUGGUCUGCAUCAACAUCCCUCCACCCCUGACUCGGCAGAUUGCUGUCAAGGCUCUAGGAAUAGGGAAGAACGUGCUGUGUGAGAAAGCUGCUACCUCUGUGGAUGCCUUCAGGAUGGUGACAGCUGCCAGGUACUACCCCAAGCUGAUGAGCAUCGUCGGCAACGUGCUGCGGUUCCUGCCCGCCUUCGUGAAGAUGAAGCAGCUGAUCGAGGAGCGCUACGUGGGCAACGUCAUCGUCUGCGACGCGCGCGUCUACGGGGGCAGCCUGCUCAGCCCCCAGUACAGCUGGAUCUGUGACGAGCUCAUGGGAGGGGGCGGCCUGCACACCAUGGGCACCUACAUCAUCGACCUGCUGAGCCACCUGACCAGCAGGAGGGCUGAGAAGGUGCACGGAUUGCUCAAGACGUUUGUCAAGCAGAACACGGCCAUCAGCGGCAUCCGCCACGUCACCAGCGACGACUUCUGCGUUUUCCAGAUGCUCAUGAGCGACGGCGUCUGCUGCACCGUGACUCUCAACUUCAACAUGCCCGGCUCCUUCACCCACGAGGUCAUGGUGGUGGGCUCUGCCGGCCGCCUCGUGGCGCGUGGCACAGACCUGUACGGGCAGAAGAACUCUGCUCUCCAGGAGGAGCUGCUCUUCACAGACUCCCUGCCUGUCAGCAAGGGCCUUCUGGAGAAGGGCUUCAAGGACAUCCCUCUGCUCUACCUGAAAGGAAUGGUGUACAUGGUGCAAGCCCUGAGGCAGUCUUUCCAAGAGCAGGAAGACCGUCGGACGUGGGAUCAUAAACCUGUGGCUAUGGCAGCCUCUUUUGAGGAUGGCCUGUACAUGCAGAGUGUGGUGGAGGCCAUCAAGAAAUCCAGUAGGUCAGGUGAGUGGGAGACUGUGGAGGUGAUGACUGAGGAACCGGAUGCCAACCAAAACCUCUGUGAGGCGCUUCAAAGAAAUAACUUAUGAACAUUCCUACCUUGGAAAAUACUACUUCUGGCUGUAAUGUAAAAAAACAUGGUUUUUAAGAUAUGUAGAUUCUUAUUUAAUAGCCUGAGUUUCUUGGUUUUUUUAAACAUGUAAAAUAUGUUCUCAUAGGAACAGUUCUGGUUUAAAUUGUUUGAAGAGUUUUAAAUGUUUCUGUUUUUUGCAAACAUUUAAUUUUUGUCUUGGAGACUGGUAGGAAAACUUGAAUUGCCCUUUGCACUUGCAGUAGCUGAAGUGAAUUGUGGGAUCUCUGCCAUUGCAUGGCUUGGAAAUGGGACACAACCCCUGUUGCACAGGUUGCUGAUUUAACCAUGAGAGCACAUAGAGCAAGAUCAGGGAGUAUCUGUUGUUCAGAUGCCUUUUCCUCUCUCUCUUGGAGACUGAUUUAUGUUUUAAUCCUCAGUUUGUAAAAUUUUAGAAAAGAAUUCAGUGAUGUAACAAGUCUCUGAACUCCUAUAGGACAAAAAGUAGAAGGAAUGGAUUAAAGUUAGCAACAUACAGAUCAGCCUUUUGGCUUCCUGUAUGUGGUGAAUGUCUUUCAAAUUCAUUCAAACUGAUAUUUUAUUUAAAUGAUACUAUAAUUCUCUGUUGUUGGUGUCUUGGCAGGAAAAUAUUCAGGAAGUCUGUGAUGCAUUUGAGCUAUUCUUCCAUAUCUGUAGACAUUAUUCCUUCUACUCAAGAGGCUGCCUGCAUCCAGCAGCUGUUUUUCCAUAAGCUCAGUGCUUAUGUCAGUUGUGUUUACUGCCUGGCAGCACCAGUGCCGUGCCUGUGGGGCCACGUUCUCAUUGCUGUGACUGUUACUAAAUAAAUGCCUCCCUGGGUCAUGGGACUGCCACAGUGUCCUGGUAACAAAGUUGUACAGCAUGAACCUUUCAGGGACCUGAAAGUGGAAGGAAGGAGGUAUUUCCUACCUCUUGCAGCUCUCUUCAUGUGCUGUCUGGGUAACUGUCACACUACACACAUGCUGAUGGUUGAGAGAACAGGGACUGAACUGCCAUGGGUAAAAGUGCUCUGGAUCUCAAACACUGGCUGUUAACCUCUGGGCCAGCCCAUCUUCCCUCCCUCCUGCAGCUGGUGUCCAGUGGAGAGAUUUGUUGGCAGAUGAUGGGUGGAAGUUCAUUCCUUUUGAGAAAUGUUUCUCUCUGAGGCAGGUAUGUGGAAAGGAUGGUCUAAUUUUACUACAUUUGUUUUGUGUACUUGAAAGCUUUUUUUAAAAUGUAUUUCCCACUAAAUUGUAACCCCGUGUAUUUAUGUAUAUUAACACGCACGCUGCUGUUCCAUAAGCUGGACCUUCCUGAAAAGUAUCAUGUUUUCUACAGAAAAUAAAAAGUUGUGUUUGUUGAGGGAAUUCUCUAUGCAGCUGUGUGCUUGUGUUUGA